AAAAGGGAAAAUCCCCAAAAUCUCUUACUAAUGGCCUUUCACGUAGCUUGCCCAACUACAUGUCGUCAGAUCUGCUUUUGUUCGCUAGGGUUUCCUCGGAGUCUCCGGGCUCCGUGAAUGGCUUCUUGCAGGAAGUGAUUCGAGUCGAGGAGUUUUUGAAAGAUCCUUGGGGCGUUAGGGUUUCUCGAGAAGGGACUGUGCAGGUUCCGGUUCCUAAACUAGCGCCGGUUGCGGCUGGGGAUAGAGAAGGAGCUGCUGCGGUUGAGAAGUCGGCCUCGGUGUUGGCUCAGACGAGAUGGCUGGCGCUUCAGAGAAAGGCUGCUGCCACGAUGGCGGCGGCGGCUGAGGAUUAUUCUGGGAAGGUUGAGUCGGGUUAUGUUGCGGUAAUUUUCUUGCGUUUGGCUUUAUGCAAUGUGUUUUUACUUGUAUGUCUGUAUGCAUAUGCAAGGUGUAGAUGA